AUGGCGGGCGAACCACGAACUGCGAAUCCCAACGUAAAUGUGGAGCUGUGUCCGGGGGAGAACUGGAAGGGGCUGGGUGUUGCCCGGUCACCGUCCCAUGAGUCGGUCACAACUGAUAUCUCACUGUUCAGUGUAUCCUCAGCUGCCUCCGAUGCAAGGGUGCUUAGACUCCUUGCUUGUAAGGCCGGCCAGGGUUCAGACUCAUUCCAGAGGGUUUCCAGCCCGAAUCCAGAAGGAAAAUCAUUCAACUUGCGGCGCGGUUCGCCCGCGUUGCCGGUACAAGGCGACGCGUGUCGGGAGCUUCUGGCCGGCUGUGCAGCCCUGUGUGCGCAACUAGGGCUCCGGCGGUCCUUCAGCGCCGGUGACGUCAGUGCCCACACCGCGAGCCCUCCUGUCAGAUCUGCUAUAUCUGAGGUGGGCAUGUGUGCUGCCGUGGAGGCCUUGACCCUCAACGCUACAUCAAGAUCCUGCAGCACCUGGGUCGCAGUCGGCGGGUCACAGCUUCCGUCUCCGCAAAGAUCGCAGGCCGGACCUCCGUCACGGCUUCUGCAUACGGAUAAUAAAAAGGUGCGACAGAGCUAUAUCAAGCGACGCUUGUUGACUACUUACCGUGCGUUGGAGAGGCUUUCUCAAUCUGAGUUCAACUUGGACAAGCUAGAGGCUGCGGCGGUCAGUGCCGUGUGUGGUCCUGGACCCACGACGUUGGCUGUGCCCAGGAAACACUCAUUCGUACAUCCAGAAUCAGCUCAGUUGGCUUUAACUACGGCAGACUUAGAGCGUGAAAGAGGCCGGCCGCUGUCAAAGUAUGAACGAAACAUGAUGAUCUUCAAUUGGCUACACACGUUGGACGAGGCAGCGCCAUUUUGAAUUUUCGCCGUCAAAUGCGGGAUUUUAUUUGUUACAGAUGUGUUAAUGUCUUGAUUUAGCAUUUUAUUUAUCGAAGUUCCUUUAUGGCUGAUUAGUUAGGUAUGAGUUUAAAACAAAUAAUAAGAAUACGUCCAAAGGUUGACAACCAAGUCCGAUGUCACAUGUCACUUUGACAUUGACAGUGACGUUAAUUCAAAACGAAGGCUUCGCCUCGUGUGAUAAACCCACAUUCGUGUUUUAAUACCCCUUAUUACACAACAGUUGCAUAAAUAACUAUUAUACAAAAUAAAAAUGUUCACCUUUUACGUAAUUUGUUUUUUAAAUAUUAAUUUUAACUUUUUAUUAUAUACUUGGUUAUAAACAUCGUAUUGUAUAAAUACAGGUAUUCUGACUUCCGCCUCUUUGUGUACUGAAAAUUGAUUACAGAAUAUUUAUAAAUAUUUAAGUUAAUGAAGUUACUUUAUGAAAAAUUAGUAACGUAUGACUUAUGCUUGAACAUUUUUAAAGUCGAUAUUGGUAUAUUUAUUUAUUUAUGAUUCCUUACAGCUAACAAAAUGAAAAGAGUGUAUUAAAAAUUAUACAGAAUAGAUACGCCAAUUAAAAGGAAUACUAUUAACAGUACAAUAAGUAAAGAUGAUAAAUUAUAUAAAUAAAUAAAAAGAAUACCAAAGGUUGGCAACAACGGCGUGUCGCUUUUUCUGGGUAUCAACGACAGUCUAAAUUUCUUGGAAUAUUACUAUCAACAUUGGCUCUUUCGUGUUUUAUUUAAUAGUAAGUAAGUAAUAAUUUAUCGAUGGGCCACCCUUUUCUAAUUUGUUGUUUACUGUUAUACCUAUAUAGUUAAAUACAAUUAUUUCUAUGUAUUUCCGAGGUAGCGUUAAAUAUUAUUUUGCCAAGAGUAUUAUUUAAGUAUUUUUUUGCAAAUAUCUCUAUGAAACUAGAGUAAGUAAAUGUUCUAGAAUCUAGAUUAUUAUUAUAAAUCAUCCUUGAGGCAAUAUGUGAUGUACUACAUAAUAGAGAAGACUUCGCAUCGUGUUCCGCAAUUGAUUGUAACGAGUUGUGGCCAGGUGUAGUCAACUCACUUUUCUUAUUGAGCGAAGUGAAGCUCACACCGGGUGACUCCAAUUGAUUUCUGUGUUAAAUUGUUUCUCGGCCAUUUCUGGACCGAUUUAAAAAAAAUGAACUCAUAGAAAGCUUUCGAAAUUUUCUAGAUUAUUGUCGAGACAGAAUUUUGAAUUUCGACUUGAUUCAAUUAUUAUAUUUAACAAUGAUUUACAAAUUAUUCUUAAUUAGCACGCGCUAUAUAUAUUUAUUUAAAAAUAGCCGAUUGAUCAAAUCACAAUAAGUUUUAAUUGUAAGACUGUGGGUUUUGUUUUUAUACACAGACUUAGUUUACCUCGCUUCGCUCAAAUUUACGCCGAGCGACUGCGAAAACCUAGUACAAUUAGGAACAAGACGAGCAGGACUUCAGCUGAUAGUAAUUGAUACGCCCUGCCCAUUAUGAUGCAGUGCCGCUCAAAGACUUUGAGCGGUACUACAAUUGCGCUCGUCACCUUGAGACAUAAGAUGUUAAGUCUCAUUUGCCAAGUAAUAUCACGCUGUACUACGGCGCCCUUCAGACCGAGACACAAUAAUUAAUAAAAAUAGCUUCUCUAGUACAUAGUACCUCCAUAUCACCUCAUUAUUAAUCAUUAGAUUAUUGGUGUUGUGUGAUCGCUCACCCACCAUCUAGUGAGCCGUAUGCAUUUUUAUUUUGAAGACUGACAAAAAAUAUUACUCACUAUUUAUACUUUUUUUUGAAUAAAUAGUAUGUAGAUUAAACAAAAUGUGCUCUCAAGAUAUGUCAAACUCUGAACUGAAAAGAAAAACUGUAGUAAUUGCUGAACAACCCCGAAAUAAUUAUUUAAAUACAGUUUAUAUAACUUUAUACAACCUAAAAAAUGUUCACCUUUUACGCAAUUUGUUUUUCAAUGAUAAUUUUCUUGACUAACUUUUUAUUACAUGAGUGGUUGUUGUAAAUAUUUAAAUUUAUAGCGUUUUAAUAAUUCAAUCGCAAGAAAUUUAAUAAGUUGAUUUUUAUAAAAUAAAAUUGUCGAGACAUCGUUAAUAGCAAGUUUUUGUGUAAUUGUACCUUUUUUUUUAAAUUUUAUCCAUAACACAUAUAUUGUAUACAUAUAAAACCACUCUUAUGUGUAAAUAUUGUUUUUUUUUUUAGGUUCAAAUAAAAUGUUUGUCAUACCUGCUACAAACUGAAAUUAAAUUACAUUUUGGACAUUUAUUGAUAAUUCAAUGUAACUUGAGCACGUUUUAUUGAAAUAUUUUAUUUUUAUUUGUUAAGAUUACUGUGUUAUAUUAAAUAGUUUAUUAUUAGAUUUUUAUACUGCGUUAUAAUAUUGCAUAUCUAAAUAUUAUUUUUUAUCUGUAGUUAAGAUCCCCUAUACCUCAUAAUUUACUCAGAUCUUAUUGUUUUUUUUGUGUGUAUUUAAGUGAACGGACGCCUUAUAAAAGAUGCCGGUGUGCCUGUGACAAUAGGCACACGAAACUUACUGAAUCACCUUAAAAUAUAUAUAUUAUAAUAAUUAUCUUUGCACACUCUGUACUCUUUAUAUAUCUUCGUUAAAAAUUAUUUUCCUUGAUUUGUAUGGCAGCCAUUUUGGUUUUAAAUUGAAUUUUUUUUUUAUGAAUAUAAAGGACGAAACGAGCAUUACGUUCAGCUCAGAUAGUAAUUGAUACGCCCCACCCAUUACAAUGCUGUGCCGCUCAGGAUUCUUGAAAAACCCAAAAAUUCUGAGAGACACUACAAUUGCGCUCGUCACCUUGAGACAUAAGAUGUUAAGUCUCAUUUGUCAGUUAUUUCACUAGCUUGUUUAUAGGCCUUCCGUUGUCUAUCCUUCAAGUUAUGAAACCCUUGAAAUGUACUAUAAAUAUUUUGUUUUUGAUUGAUUCAUUUUUUUUAUUAUAAAAGGUGUCUAAUUCAGUCUGUGUCUGGACACUUAAUAAAUAUUAAUAACGUUAGGCUAGCAUAAUGUUCCUGUAUAGAAAUAAAUUAUUCAUUGUAUGUGUAUAUGUGAAUCUCAGAGUUAAAUAAAUUAUUUAAUUGUAAA